AUGGAUGUGGGUGCGGGUGAGGAAGGUGGCCAGCACCUCGCUCGUGCCUCCGGCAGAACAAAAAGUCCUGCUGAUGGUACUCCAAGAAGACCUGUUGUAUCUGUCAAUGCAAGAAAAAUUAAAGAUAAUGCAGCAGACUGGCAUAAUUUAAUGAUGAAGUGGGAGAGACUAAAUGAUAAUGGAUUUACUACGGCAAACAAAAUAGUAAACAUGAAGAUCAGUGAGCAAUUUCAGGACAACAAACUGGAGAUCGCAUGUGAUAACAGUGCCACUGAAUCUGAAAAGCCAACUCUAAAAUACAAUGAGGAAUUGGAUAACUGCUGUGCAGAAUUACUAGAGACCUUAAAGCAUAUGACAAAAAUACAGCUGAAAAUGGAAAAGCUUACUUCAACUACUAAAGCAAUCUGUGACUUGGAAACAUUCCACCAUGGAGCUGGGAAUUGCACAGCGCCCUUCUUUCAUACAUGGCCCACACCAUACUUCUAUGAGGUUUCUCUGAAGCUCUCUGAAAUGUACAGGAAGGAACUACAACUGAAGCAAACAAUUGUACAAGAAAUCGCUCAUUCUGCUGACCAGGAUCUGAUGAUGGUCUAUUUAUCAUCGUGGUUAUACCAGCCUUACAUUGAGAACAGCAGCAAACUGCUACUCGAAGCCAUGCUGCUGGAAACAGGACAUAGACAGUGCUAGAAUUUCAAAUAUUACAUGGCUUGCUUCUAAAGAUGCUUACAUGACACUGAAAUGGCAAAUUGUAAGGCUUACCAAGUAAGUUGAAUUUUUGUAAAACUUAUUAAAAAUAUUUUCCCCUAUUUGUAUUUAUUA